AUGAUCGAAACGUUGUCAAGUUUUCAAGAUGAUAUGCUAUGGACAAUUAUUCUUGGCUUCUUUAUCGCAUCUAUACUCUCAUUUGCCAUUGGUGCAAAUGAUACAGCAAAUUCAUUUGGCACGAGUGUUGGCAGUAAGGUGCUAACAUUGCAUCAAGCAUAUCUAUUGGCAUCAAUUUUCGAGACGCUUGGAGCUGCAUUACUUGGAUAUAAAGUAACAGAUACUAUGAGAAAAGGUGUUAUAGAUCUUAAUGUUUAUAAUAAUAGUGAACAUGAACUUAUGUUGGGACAAAUCUCCGUUCUCUCCGGAUGCGGUGCAUGGUUGCUACUUGCUACAUUUAUGAAACUACCAGUUUCAACAACUCAUAGUAUUGUUGGUGCCACUCUUGGUUACACUCUUUUAGCUCGUGGUACGAGAGGUAUUCGAUGGUGGCCAGUUCUACGAAUAUCUGUUUUGACAUUUAAACUGAAUUUAGUUUUGUCAUGGUUCGUAUCACCGGUGUUGUCAGGUAUUGUCUCGGUUAUUUUUUAUAUUUUUCUCGAUCAUGCUGUUCUACGUCGACGUCGACCAUUGCACUGCGGCCUUGUUCUUCUGCCUAUUCUUUAUUUUGUUUGCACGUCAGUCAAUGUUUUUGCAAUUGUUUAUGAUGGAUCAGAAUUUCUUGGAUUUGAUAAGUUACCAUUAUCGGCUAUAAUCAGUAUUACGCUUGGGAUUGGCUUACUUGUUGCAAUUUUGAUUCAGUUUAUUGUGGCGCCACGCUUGAAAAAGAGCAUUUUGGAUGCGUCAUGCAAGGAUCAGCCUAUGCAAGUUUAUAGUAAUAAUGGAGUUGAGGUUUCUUUGAAAUCAUCUCUUCAAAGUACGAACACUCUUGGUCAAAAUAACACGCAAAGCACCAAAUCAUUGCUGAAAUGUGAAUCUGGUAAAAGCUGGAAUCCCGAACUCAAUGUUACUCCAAAUGAAUGUCAAGAUGAUAGUGCUGAGCAAACAUCAAGUGGUCAUAUUCACCAUGGUAUUGGUGCUAACACUGUUCGGCCAACUCACAGCAUUGAAUCAUUCUUUCGAUCUUCUAAACCAGAAGAUCCACAGGCGUCAAAAUUGUUUAGCUUUCUUCAGGUUUUAACAGCAUGUUUUGCUGGUUUUGCGCAUGGUGGUAAUGAUGUCAGCAAUGCCAUCGCUCCUUUGGUAUCGUUAUAUUCAAUUUAUAAAGAAAAAUCUGUUUUGCAAAAGUCACCAACUCCUGUCUGGUUGUUAUUAUAUGGAUCAAGUGGCAUGUGCGCCGGUCUUUGGCUUCUUGGGCAUCGUGUGAUAUAUACUGUCGGUGAAAAUCUUACGAAAAUUACACCUCCUAGUGGUUUCGCUAUAGAAUUUGGGGCAGCAGUCACAGUUCUUCUUUCCAGUAAGCUUGGUCUCCCUAUUAGUUCAACGCAAUGCAAAGUUGGAAGUGUUGUCGCCGUAGGUUUGGUUCAGGCCAGUCAUUCAGUGAAAUGGUCCACAUUUCGAAAUAUUUCUCUAUCAUGGAUUGUCACACUACCUGUUACUGGUUUUGUGAGCGCAUUGGUUAUGUUCUUCUUACAAUUGUUCGUUCUCAAGUGA